AUGGGCCAUGGGGGCAGAGUGGCGGGGGUCCUGUCCCCUAACUGCAUGCGGAAAAGGCGACAGAAGCCGGUCAACGGGAUUCAAAAGGCCGCUGCAACAGGCUUGUCUCAACCAGCCCACGUCGACCUCCCUCUCUCGUCUUCGAUUCCAACGGCCGCAACAAUGCUCUUCCAAGCUACCUCUUUCCUUGCCUUGCUUGCUGUUGUCUACGCCCAAGCUGACCCAUCGAUCAACACUCCUGCUGCGGUCGUCCAAUGCCAGCCCGCUCAGAUUACUUUUACCGCUAGCAAAACCCCGGUGUUCAUUAGCAUUAUUCCUGGCGGUCAGCCUUCUGCUGCCCCCUUGCAAGACUUGGGCCAACAAACCACCAGCCCUAUGACAUGGGUUGCGAACAUUGCUUCUGGAACCUCGAUUACUUUCCAGCUCCGUGACUCUAGUGGUGCUGUUGUUUACUCUGCUCCCAUCACUAUCCAGCAGAGCUCCGACUCGAGCUGUCUCGGCCAGCAGCCAUCCACAUCUGCCGGUUCGGCCACCGCUGCUCCUACCACAUCGGCACCAGCCACCAGCUCGGCCGCUUCCAGCGUUUCUUCGGCGGUUUCUUCGAUCAGCUCGUCGCUAAGCUCGGUAGCUUCAUCGGUAGCUUCAUCAGUGUCGUCCGCUAUCUCCACCGCAACUGCCCCAGCUACUACCUCUCGCACCGCAACUGUGGUUUCUCCCAGCAGCACUCCAUCAGGUACUGCCAGUGGUGCUGCCCCCUCUGGCACCGCCAACGGCGCUGUUCCCGCUCCAAAGGCCGGCCUCGUUGGUCUCCUCGGUGUUGCCGCCGCUGUCGUCAUGGCGUAA